AUGGUUGUCAAGCCAAACCGGAAGGAUUGGGCUUUCAAGUUAGAUGACGCUUUAUGGGCAUACCAGACUGCUUUUAAAACACCUAUUGGUAUGUCCCCAUAUAAGCUGGUUUUUGGUAAGGCUUGUCACCUCCCUUUAGAACUUGAACACAAAGCAUAUUGGGCCAUCAAAGAAUUAAAUAUGCGCCCAGAUAUGGCUGCCAGCAAAAGGAAAGUCCAACUGUAUGAAUUAGAGGAACAUAAGAAUCUGUCCUAUGAAAAUGCCAAGAUUUAUAAUGAUAAAACAAAAAAAUGGCAUGAUAAAAGAAUUCAGCACCGGGAGUUGAGAGCUGGUCAGAAAGCCCUUUUGUUUAACUCUAGUCCAGUCAAUCGUCAAGAAAAGCCUGAGGUCUUGUUGCAGCAUCUGAAAACCCUAGCCUUUAAUGCAGAAUCUUAG